GAAGCCAGCCGGUUAACAUCCGGUCCGGCUGCACACGUUUUCCUUCCGCGGUUCUUUCUGUGAAACCAAGACCAUACGAGAAAUUUUGUCGGCGUUAAGACCAUAAAGACAAAAUGAGCAAAGCACACCCACCCGAGUUGAAGAAGUUUAUGGACAAGAAGCUUUCGUUGAAGUUGAAUGGGGGCAGACAUGUGCAGGGCAUCCUGCGGGGGUUUGACCCCUUUAUGAACCUGGUGGUGGAUGACUCUCUGGAGAUGGGCCCUGGAGGACAGCAGAACAGCAUCGGCAUGGUGGUUAUCAGGGGAAACAGCAUCAUCAUGUUGGAGGCCUUGGAGAGAGUAUGAGAGAAGAGGAGGCAGCUGCACGCGGAGAAAAGAAUGACCCACACCUUUUUUUACAUUCUGUUAGCCCCCUAGUUCUUUGUGUAGUUGCAAAGCAUCUGACUCUUUGAAUUAUAAAGCGUUUUCUCAUGUCUUCAUCUAAUUUCCAUUAACAGUUGUUUGGAAUUGUGUAAUCUUGUUAAUAAAUUUUUUUUCUUUGUA